ACAGACUCGCUGAGCCAGUCAUAACGAUUCUAUAUAAUAGUAGUGGCGUGAGACACUACCAAGAUAAGGCACUCAGCAAUAUCUUGGAAAACCAUAUUAGCAUGCUCUUGCUUGAGACUUAAAAAUAUUGCAUCGCCUUGCAACCUGUCGUUCCUUCUCUCUGUUCUCAUUCUAUCCCGACUACUGUUCACUGUGUGCGCUGAGCAGCGCAAUUCCGGUUUGAGCAUCUUGCGACCCGAAUUCCUAGACGCCCAGUUGUCGAUCUGAACCUGCCAAGGCAGCCAAGUUACUACUAUGGCCGUACAGCUCAGCGUUGAUUCACCGGUACUCAGUGAGAAAUCAAGCCCAGGUCCACUUUCAAAUGAAAUACCUCUCAACUGUCGUUCUUCCCCGAAUCGAAGUUCGCGUCAAUCUCAUCAUCUCAUUCCAAUGCGUACUUCUUUUUCUGUUUCCUCUUCAUCCCUUUCGGCAUCACAAACUCUACCACAAUCGCAGAGAUAUGUUCGUCCGCGCGGGCUGCGGAUAUGGAAUCUUUUCAAACAAUGGUUGCCUAUCUUCGCGUACGGCGCAACUAGCCUUGGUUUCAUCUUAGCUAUCGCAUUCUGGAAGACGGAGGUUCUUGACGGUCUCGAGUACCUCUCACACUGGUUGCGAAACGACGAGCACUUCGGCUACGCAGUACUAUUCUGUCUCAUUUUUAUCACCACUUUUCCCCCUCUCCCACUGUAUUCCACGUUGAUCACAUUAUCGGGAUAUACAUUUGGGCCGUGGAUUGGCGCUGCUAUCUCGUAUUGUGCAGCACUCUCUGGUGCUGUCGUCGUGUUCUGGCUAUCGCGAACGUUCUUGCGCGAGCCAAUCGGUCGUUGGCUUUCGUCAACGCGCACUUUAUGCCGCGCAGUCCGAGCUGUCGAGCGCAAACCACAGUUAUUGUUCCUCGUCAGACUCGCGCCAUACCCGUAUAAUGUGCUUAACGCACUUCUAGCAGCCACGCCGACGCUCACUAUGCGGACCUAUGUGAUUUGCACAGCCUUGUCCCUCUUUAAAGUUAUCAUCCACACCAGCAUCGGUGCAGGGAUUCGCUCGUUCGGCGCCAAGAAAGAAUCUGAUGUUCAGGAGGAAGAGGAUGAUACCUGGAGCAAAGUCUGGACUAUUGGCGGAAUCCUUAUGUGCGUUGCGCUUUUCAUCUACAUCAGUUUGUUAGCGCGUCGAGCAGUGGACGAUGAACUCGAUGAUGAGAUUCCUAGAAGUGUGUCGGAAGAAAGAGUGGCAUUUUUAGAUGCAGAGGAUGACGAUACUGGAUCUCGAGCACCACGGUUGCCCUUGACUUUGCAGAGCAACAUGAGCGAGGCACAGCUGGUAUCGCCGCAUCGUGUCGUGUCCAGUCUUACUGCAGCCUAGUCGCUGCCUUUUUUCCUCUUAAUGGACUCUUUCUCGAGCCUAGACUUGCAUAUUAUUACUCAAGGAUAUCGUAUCACAUAAAAGCCAACCUUGUAUGUUGUGUAUGUAUUUUUUUUUGGAACAGAUGUACUUUUUACUACUUUGGAUAUACAACACUCGAGUCACGACCAAUGAAAUUCGCGUACCUAUACCGUAGGAGAUAAACGUGUACUCUGCCCCUGCAGCAAACGCCACUGCCCACAGCUGUGCAGAUUCCAGCCCUUUUACACAGGGUCGCCCCUCUUUUCCUGUUGGUACGAUCAUUUAUGAAGUACUCCACCACCAUCACGGAAAAUCUGGAACAGGCGCAGUACUUUGCAGUGUGAAAAAUUGAUUAUCUUCCGAUUCGAGUCACCUGUCGCCGCAAAAUCCCGAAAAGGCGGCAGCAAGUUUGAAGUUGACGCGUUACGUUAGCCAUGCGAGCCCCCGAUCAGAAUUCU